AUGCUGCCCUUGUCUGUGUGUGCAGCUGACCCCAACCCCUUCCUCUCCUCUGAUUCCUCUCCCCAACUUCUGAAGGAGGACGAGGUGGAGUCCUGGCUGGUCUGGUGGGCUGCAGGGGGGGCGCUGGCUGUCCUGGUCUUCCUGGUGGGCAUCAUGUUCUUGGGAACACGCAUCUUGAAGGCAUCCUUAAUUCCAACUCCCUCAAAGUACUUUGAUGGUCUUGAUUCGGUUUACAAGGGAAACUUUAAGGCCUGGCUUGGUUCCAUCCUGACGCUGGACGCCCUGGGCGUGGAGGUGCUGACAGAGUACACGUCCCCCGUGGAAGUCGUCAAAAAAGAGCCCGGCAAACCUUGCAAGAGCUUCAGCAACAAGCAGUACUUCCAGGAGGAGCCCCAGAAGACCGCCUUGCUCCCGUCUCCUCUGCCCUUCUUCGAAGAAGAGUCCUUGGAGCCCUGUAUGGAGUUCUCCCCGUACGAUGACAUGGGGAAGGACUGUGUGGGCUUUGGCCUGCAGCGCGUUAACACCGGCGUGGACCAGGACGGCUGCCAGUCCGACAUCACCGACUGCAGCGUCGCCGAAAGAACCAUCACUAUGGCCAUGACCACCACCACCAUAUCCACCACCACCAGCUGCAGCAGCAGCAGCAGCAGCUGCGGCACAAGCUGCAGCAGCAGCAGCAGCUGCGGCACAAGCAGCAGCAGCGGGAUCAGCAGCAUGAGUGGAAGCAUUAAUACCAGCACGACCACUAGCAGCAGUGAGAAACAUGGCAGCAUUAGCUGGAGCUGCAGCACUGUCCCUAACAUUGGCAUUAGCUGCAGUGCUAGCGGUGGUAGCAGCACUAGCGGUGGUAAUGUCAGCAUUAGCAGUAGCAGCGCUAGCACUGACGGCGGUAGAAGCAGUUGCACGGCUAAUAGCAGUAUUAGCUGCAGCAGUAGCUCUAGCGGCGUUAGCUGUACUAGCGGCGGUAAUUUCAGCCGUCUCCGUAUGGACCUCGGCCCCAUCCAGGUGUGCAACGACUAUGAAUCCUUCACGAGGCUCGUGCAUGCCGGCCCUCAGAGCCCAGACUCUGGCGUGUGCAUGGGGAGCGGGGAGGAGGAUAGUCGUGAAGAAGAGGAGGGGGGGAUGAAGGGGCCUUGGCGGACUGGCUUCUCCCUGCCGUCACUGCAACCCCUGGUCCACCCCUGUACUGUGCCUUACGCUGGUGAGACGGGUGUGGAUCCAGUUGGUCCAAACCUGUGCAGCACGCCCACAGGGUGGUCGCCACAUAAACAGAACCCCCUGGACACAUAUGGGCAACUUCAACCCUGUAGUGAUGACUACCAGCCAUUGCAAGCUUCGUAGUGGGUGCCAAAAGCUUAUGGGUAACACUUUAGAAUCAGGCGCAGCCGGCAGAUGGGCAGUGCCCCUCCAGAAAAGUAGAUCCAUUCAGAAAUUGUAGAUAAAAUAUGUAUUGCAACCAGGCGCGGCCGGUUCAUAAAGGGCAGAUGGGCAGUGCCCCUCCAAAGAUUCUUCCUCUGAGAAAAGUAGAUCCAUUCAGAAAUUGUAGAUAAAAUAUGUAUUGCAACCUCAAUCACACUGGGAAUUGUACUACUUAGUUUGUGACGAUCUUUGCGAGUGGAAUCGGGUUUUAUUUUUGCUGAGAAGUCUAGUUUACAUCCAGUGUGGCUGUUUAACGUUACUGUCUAUGGCCACUGGCCUGGGCAGAUUUCUCUAUAAUGACUCAUUGCGGGCUGCGGGACAGCCAACCUCAACGGCCACAGCCAAACUCGAUCAGCUGUAGCGUGAUGACGUCAGCACGUAGGGUUGUGAUAGGCGGGCCGCGGGACAGCCAACCUCAACUGCCACAGCCAAACUCGAUCAGCUGUAGCGUGAUGAUGUCAGCACGUAGGGUUGUGGUAUUUCUCCACUGAAACCAGGAAGUAAUGUUACAGUUAACGUAACACAGAAAUGUGGAUAAAUUAACGACAAUCAUCUACUGAAACCAGGGAGUAAUGUUACAGUUAACGUAACACAGAAAUGUGGAUAAAUUAACGACAAUCAGCAUUCUUUAGUUAGUGAUGAGAGUCAUUACGGUUGUCAGUUACAUAACGUUUCUGUUGUUGUUGACAAGAUAAUGCGGUAGCCUAAUGUGCGUCCUGAAUCAAUCCCCUGUGACUCAGCCACUUCUCCUCCCUUCCACUAGGGGGCGCUACACAAAUCUAUCGCAACCAGUAGCCCAAUCCCAGAAUGCAACACCACUGGUCAACAAUCUAGCUCCUCUGAGCUAGAAUCUGUCUCUUAAACCGCUGGCAAUCCUGCUAUGCGGACCUGUGUGACCACAGGUAAAGAGAUUGUGCACACAAAACGCUGAACGUAGCUUUUAUCUGAUAUUUAGGCCGAAUACAGAUAAUGUAACGCUUAGUUCAUCCCUAAACAGCUGUAAGUUCAUUUCUUUUGCAAAGUCUAAGUAAUCAGAGACAACGGUGUCUUUGAUUAUUGCUGUUGGAAGGCAGCACUCCCAGUUAUUCAGUCUGGACGCUCCUGCUGAUAAGAACUGUUCAUCCGGAUUCAUUUGUGGAACUUUGAUGCAUCAAGAGUUUCACACCUAAAGCAUCGCACGGCCGGACUGUGCGAGCAACUUUUCCCAACCCUUCCUGUCUCACUGGAGUGAGAAUCGGACGUUUGAACCCCGCAGACUGCGAGCGCAGCAGGCCACUCUCUUCCACAACUGAGGAUAACCACUCUCUCUCCUGGAAAGGCUGGAAGCCUUUCCCUCCUUCCAGGGCUUGACAUUAACUUUUUUCACUUUGCCGGCCUCUGUGGCUAGUGGUUUUUCAAAGUCACUAGCCAUCCAGCAAUUCUACUAGCCACAAAUUUGAUUUGUAUUUAUUUAUUUUAUUAAUCAUGACGCAGCACAGCUAACCUCAGAAGAUGAAGCGCUUAAAGCAAGAAGAUGAGUGCAUGGGUUUCUACAUGGAAAUAAAACAAACAAAUAGAAACUGAGUAACUGAGCUUUUUCUUGAACUUAAAUACAAACAAAGGGCAAAGUGCAGAAUAUACGCUAUUCUGAUAUGUCAUACCAUAGAAUAAGCUACCUGCCAAAUUGGCUAGUGACACUGAAAUUGUUACCAGCCACAGCCAAGUUUUACCAGCAUUUGGCCGGUUUGCAGGUGCCAGUGUCAAGCCCUGCCUCCUUCACAGUAGGCAUAUCUGGGCAAUAUUACUCUACUGUCAGUUUAGAUAUGUUUUGAAGAAAGCUUAGCUGAUGUUCAUAUACAUGUCUGAUUCCCUUCUGUCUCCCCUUUUGUUCAGUUAGCAACCUGCUAUCACUAACUUUCUCCCGGUUGUUUACUAAUUGCUACGUCUCAUUCGAAACAAUCGGAGGGUUUUCAAGCAUUGUUUGGAACGCUCCGUGAACCUCUCGAAUGCGAUCGUGGAAUAACUAAACCUCUUUGCGCGCGCCAGUUUGUUACUUUGUUACUGUGUGCACGGCCUCAACAGGCCCUGCCUUGAUUAGCUAGUCAGCUGCUAAUCUCCACAGCAUAAGCUGUUCCAACUGAGACACAGUUCCAACCGCUUCGCUCUCUCUCUCUCCCUCUCCCUCGAGAAUAAUCACGCUUGUAGAAACCCCAGGACAACCCCUGUGCCUCUCGGUACAAUUUGAGUAGAACCUUUCCACUGUACUGUCCGCCAGACAGUCAUUAAUUGUCCUGUGCUCUCUGCAAACUUUCUCAGCUCGUGCUAGCUAACGCUAGCUGGCUCUGUGUGCAUUCCCAUACCUAGACAAUAUUUCCCCACACAUGUGAGUUGCCAUAUUUGUAGUCAACUACCGAUAUUGCUUUAGACAACCCGUCUCUCACUCCCUGCUCUGUCUCGGUUCUUUCUCUCUCUCUUCCAUUCGGAAUAGCGUACAUUAAUUACAGAAAUCCCAGACACCGUUGCAGGCCCCUAGCCUCACCAGAGAGCUAGCUCUACCUGCUAUUACCUUAGACUAGGUAGCCACUAGCUACCAUAGCUUUUUGUUCUGCCUGAACUUUCUGUAGCCAAUGUUAGCUUGGCUUGACCGAACACACACGCGUUUGGUCCGCCAUUUCGUGUGAGCCCUAUCUCACGCCUUUCGUAAA